AGCAGCUGUUUCCGUCGGGGUAGAGUUUGUCGCCACACCUCGCCGCAUGAAUGGAGCGUUAGCUGUAAAAGCCUUGUUGGACUCAGGGAUGCGAAGAUUUCACAGGAAACAUUUGUAGUUAGUGUCUGUCGGUUUAACGCGGGAACAGUCCUCCGUUAACGGCGUCUGUCUGUCUGUGUGAGCCAAGUAUCCGCUGGCCUAAACCUCCCGGUCAGGCUGAGGUAGCGUUACCCUGCUGAGCUAAUCUUUCCUGCAGCAAACAACCAAAACACAGACACGAUGCUGCAGCCUGUGUCCGACCUGCCGGUGGAGCAGCUCAUCUUUUAUGCUGUGCUGGGCUUUUCGUGGACAGUGUAUCUGUGGGAGGCUUACCUUUCUUACAGACAGAGGAGGAUAUACAGAUCAACAACACAUGUGCCUCAGGAACUGGGGAAGAUCAUGGAUUCGGACACAUUUGAGAAGUCCCGUCUUUAUCAGCUGGAUAAAAGCAACUUCAGCUUUUGGUCUGGACUCUAUUCUGAGACUGAAGGGACGUUGAUUCUGCUCCUGGGUGGAAUCCCGUUUCUGUGGGCCGUCGCUGGUUCUGUGACAAGUCGCUUUGGAUUUGGUUCAGAGUACGAGAUCACCCAGUCGCUGGUGUUUCUGACGCUCGCCACGCUGUUCAGCGCCGUGACCGGACUUCCCUGGAGUUUGUACAGCACAUUUAUCAUUGAAGAAAAGCACGGCUUUAAUCAGCAGACGAUUGGGUUCUUCCUUAAGGACGCUGUAAAGAAGUUUGUUGUGACCCAGUGUAUCCUGUUGCCCGUCACCUCCCUGCUCCUGUACAUCAUCAAGAUUGGUGGGGACUACUUUUUCAUCUACGCCUGGCUCUUUACCCUCGCAGUUUCUCUGGUACUUGUAACAAUCUACGCUGACUACAUUGCUCCCCUGUUUGACAAGUUCACUCCUUUACCAGAAGGAGAGCUGAAGACAGAUAUUGAGACUAUGGCAAAGAGCAUAAGCUUCCCCCUCACUAAAGUUUAUGUAGUUGAAGGUUCCAAGCGGUCAUCACACAGCAACGCGUACUUCUACGGGUUCUUUAAGAACAAACGCAUUGUGCUGUUUGACACUCUCCUGGAAGACUACUCGCCUCUGAACAAGUCUGGAGAGCCACAGCCGGAGCAGCCAGAGAGCGAAGACACAUCCAGUGAAUCAAAAGCCAAGCCCAAGAACAAGAAACAAGGAUGCAACAACCCAGAGAUCCUUGCAGUCCUGGGUCAUGAGCUUGGCCACUGGAAGCUUGGCCACACUGUCAAGAAUAUCGUCAUCAGUCAGAUGAACUCCUUCUUGUGCUUCUCCCUGUUUGCUGUUCUGAUUGGACGUAAGGAGCUGUUUGUAGCUUUUGGCUUCGACGACAGUCAACCCACAUUAAUAGGCUUGAUGAUUAUCUUCCAGUUCAUCUUCUCCCCGUACAAUGAGCUGCUGUCCUUCUGUCUGACAGUCCUGAGUCGCAGGUUUGAGUUCCAGGCAGAUGCCUUUGCACGCGGCAUGGGCAAAGCCUCCGAGCUCUACUCUGCUCUUAUCAAGCUCAACAAGGACAACCUGGGCUUCCCCGUGGCUGACUGGUUGUUCUCCAUGUGGCACUAUUCCCACCCUCCCCUCCUGGAGCGCCUCAGAGCACUCGGGAACGCCAAGCAGGACUGACGGGGCUGGAAGGGGGAGCGGCGACCGCUGCCUCCUCUUAAGGGUCUCCGCAGACCGCUCCUGGCCCUAUGAUGCACCCUGGUCUUUUUCUACCUAUCCACCCCCCCUAAUCUUGUUUUAUUAAUUUCUUUACUUGCCAUACUUUUUAUUUUGUUCCCUUUGAAACUUUGUUUUAAACAAAACCAAAACAUACCAGCACAAAGUCAGCCUGAAUUGAAGCCUCCGCUCUUUCUCUAGAGACACCUAAUAUACAGUUGCUGAGAGCAACACUUCUGGGCAAUGUGUGUUGAGCAAAAGCUGUUGUCGGAGCACAGAUGUACCUGAAGGUUUAGUUUUUUAAUUAUUUUAUUUCUGUAUAAUUUGAUUAUAACUUUGUUCUAAAGAAACGUAGCAAAGACAACGUGUCAUUCCACACUUUAAAGAACUGUUUCUGUUGUGAUGCAUACAUGACAUCCAGCUGUUAAAUACCAAUAUUUGUUAUCAAAGUCAUAAAGCAUUUAAUUCUACAGUUUUAUUUAUUGUAGAUUAAAAAAAACUUCUUGUGUUCUCAUGACAAUGCUUUUUGCAGAUACACAGGCCAGAUUUAGAUUUGUCUCUCGGGUGCAACUGUUGCUACUUUAGAAAAAUGACCGGGCAAACUCAAGAGUAAAAACCUUCAUGUAGUCUCAAUCUCAAAUUCUCAGUUGUUGCAAGAGGAACUAUGUAAAUGCUUUAUCACAGUGGGGGAAAAAAUGUGAGGGCCUUUAUCUGUUUUUGUUCAGAUAUUCCGAUUAUGAACAGAGCAGUGCAGAAAAUCAUUUGCAUUUAGGUUAGACUUGUGAUUUUCAUUUUUUACAUUCGGGGAGCGGGGUCUUGUUUUACUUUUUUCUAAAGCACUUGCUUGCCAACAAGGUUCCAACCAUACUUGUACAUAUGUAACUUUGACGAGUAAUUGUGUGAUGUGAAUAGUGGCAAUUGAAAUUUUAAGUUGAUACUGUAUUUCUUAGUUUCUUUUUGGGACGGAGUGAGCCCAGAGUUGCCUGGCAAGAGAAGUAUUUAUAGGGAGACUUGAGGAAAGGGAGUCUGCGGGAUUCCUUUCACCACAUAAGCCAGUGCUUGGUUUGUUCAACGAGGGGACUGUGUACUUUCUUUGCAGCAUUGAAUAAAAUCCUUCAAAGCA